CCCUGGCCAGCGUCAGUCAGUCGGGCACAAUGAGACAACUAGUGACGGUGUUGGCGGUGAUCGUCGCCGGAAUCGGGCUGGUCGGAGCCGAUGAGCACUGGUGGCAACAUGCCAACUUUUACCAAAUCUACCCGCGAUCCUUCAUGGACAGUGAUGGGGAUGGAGUUGGGGAUCUGCGUGGGAUUCAAUCGAAAGUGAGCUACUUGCGGCAGGAGUUGGGCGUGGACGCGAUCUGGUUGUCGCCGAUCUUCAAGAGUCCGAUGGCGGACUUUGGGUACGACAUUUCGGAUUUUAAGGACAUUCACUACGAGUUCGGUACGAUUGGCGACUUGGAGAGCUUGGCAGCGGAAUGUAAGGCCCAGGGGUUGAAGCUGGUGCUGGACUUUGUGCCGAACCAUAGUAGUGACGAGCAUGUAAACUUUGAAAGGUCGGUGAACCGUGAGGCUGGGUAUGAAGACUACUACUUGUGGCAUCCGGGCAAGCUGUUGGAGAAUGGGACGCGUGUGGAACCUUCAAACUGGAUUAGUGUAUUCCGAGGAAGUGCCUGGGAGUGGAACGACGUUCGAAAAGAGUAUUACCUCCAUCAGUUUGUGAAGAAGCAGCCCGAUUUGAACUACCGUAGCGCAAAGGUGGUCCAAGAUAUGAAGGAUGUGCUCACGUUUUGGCUUCAGAAAGGAGUAAGUGGGUUCCGAAUUGAUGCCGUUCCGUACCUCUUUGAAAUCGAAAUGACGGACGGGCAGUACCCAGAUGAACCAAAGACUGGUUGGACCAACGAUCCGACCAAUCCGGACUAUGUGCAGCACAUCUACACGCAGAACCGAGAAGAAACCUUUGACAUGAUGUUCCAGUGGCGUAAAGUUCUGGACGACUACAAGGCGGAGAACGGCGGCGAUGAUCUAAUUCUGAUGGCCGAAGCGUACACUCCGCUGGCAAACAUUAUCCGGUUGUUUGGUGAGAAUGGUCGUGCAGGUGCUCAAAUUCCGUUCAACUUCGAAGUUCUCAGCAACAUCUUCAAGGACAGCACGGCUCAGGACUUUUACGAUAAUGCGAUGCGUUUUUACGAAGCUUUACCGGCUGAUCAAUUCGCCAACUGGGUGCUUGGAAAUCACGACAACAAGCGGCUUGCUUCCCGCCUCGGCGUAUCCCGGGCAGAUUUGUACAACAUUGUGCUAAACACACUGCCAGGAAUCGCCGUAACCUACAACGGUGAAGAACUGGCCAUGGAGGACGUGUUCAUCUCGUGGGAAGACACCGUAGAUCCAGCCGGUUGCAACACCAACCCCAAAGAGUUCAUGAAGUACACCCGCGACCCGACACGAACGCCCUUCCAGUGGGAUGACACCGUCAGCGCCGGAUUCUCCACCAACUCCACAACGUGGCUGCCGGUAUCUCCGUACUACAAGCAAAACAACUACAAGCUCCAGAAAGCCGCCCCAAGAAGCCAUCUGAAGAUCUACAAGGCACUGUUGAGACUGCGCAAGCAGCGAACACUUCGCGAAGGAACUUUCGACAUGAAAGUGGUCGACAAUAUGCUGAUUUACAAGCGAGAGCUAGCCGACGUCAGCACCAUCGUGGUCGUUCUGAACUUUAACAAGAACCGAAGGGUGGUCGAUUUGUCAACGGUGUUUGAAGGAUUGCCGCUGGAGUUUGAGAUCAUAACAUCCUCGAUGCAGACCAACUAUGUGGAUGGAUCGGUAGUGGAUCGCAGCUCAGUCGAGCUUCCUGCAGAUUCCGGAAUUGUGUUGGAGGGUAGCGUGGCAAACGGUGUCUGAUGGCACUUUUCAUAGAAUGAAAUUUUAACUAAUGGUACAAUAAACUACAGAUUUCAUAAUAGGAUUGUUUCUAUUUAAGAAAACAUAAA